AUGUGCUCCUUGUCACGCACAACCAUUUCUUCUUUCGGGUCUCAGACCAUCACAUGCCAUCCACAUAUCAGGACAAUGAAUGAAUCCAAGAGCUGCAGUCUCACAGACAUAGAGGUGAAUCCCCACGUUCAUCUCACUGAAUUUUCUCUAUAUAUCCUCACUUUCUUUUUUGGAGUGAUUUUUAAUGUCCUCGCCCUGUGGGUGUUCUUCUGCAAAAUAAAGAAGUGGACAGAAACCAGGGUGUACGCCAUCAACUUGGUCUUUGCCGAUUUCUUUGUCAUCUGCACCUUGCCUUUCAUGGCAUAUUUGAUCUGGAAAAAGUCAGUCCGAAAUGAACUCUGCCAGUUUAUAGAGGCAAUGUACUUCAUCAACAUGGUAGUGAGCAUCUACAUCAUUUCAUUUAUCUCCAUCGAUCGGUACCUGGGCAUAAAGCACCCCCUGAAAGCUCGGGCCUUCAGGUCUCCAUCCAAAGCUGCUCUUCUCUGUGGGCUCCUGUGGCUCGCUGUCACCAUUGCAACCAUCUUAAAACUUCAGCAGAGAUAUGCUGACUCCUGCUUUCAGUACGAUGCCAGCACUCCCACCGCUCUGAUACUGCUUUCCAUGUUCUUCAUUUUCACUCUUCCCUUAGCAACCUUGACCUUUUGUUCCAUAGAAAUCAUCAGGAACCUUAGGAGACAGCUGAAGACAAACUCACCGGAGAAGAAGUCAAUCCAGAAAGCUCUUUAUAUCAUUUAUGCCAAUCUGAUUGUGUUUCUGUUAUGUUUUCUGCCAUCCCACCUCCUGCUCAUUGCCAGGCUCAUAACGAAUCACACUGAAACUACCUGUUCCCUGAACUACUUUUUGAAGAACGUCUCCUCCAUGACGCGGUGCAUUGCCACGUCCAACUGCUGCCUGGACUGUGUCUGCUACUACUUUGUGACCAAGGAGUUCCAGGACGCCAUCCUGCUGCCCAAGUCCAGCGCUGCCAGAACAACGCAAACCCAUUCUGUGCAGACACACGUUUGCUAAAAAAAGGAGAAACUAAACAAAACGAAACCACAACGAAACCAACACAUUCUACCAUGUCAAGAGGAGAUAUGGCUGCGCUGUCAUGGGGAUAACCAUCCCCCUUUCACUCCAAGGAGAGCUUUGUUAUGUGUAUCAUUGUUAAGCUGUAAUUUCUACCCUGUGUUUCUGUUAAGCUGAUAAAACAUUUUACAUAGAGGUGCCAAAGUGACUCUGCAAUGGCAGUGCGUUAACGUUCCCUUCCCCUCCAUGUGUUACUCUUAUGGGAAGAAGGGUGGCCCAUGUAUGUCAGUCAUGCUGUUUUAUUUCACAACUAAAGUCAACUCAACCUAAAACACAAAAGCCAACAAAAAAGCCUGUACUGUGCUUUAUUUCAUGGUGUAUCUCAGAUUGCUUGCAUUGAAACAA